CGCCCGCCUGACUCAUUCAAGAUGGCAGCCCAGCGUGAGGUGAGGUGGUCGCGGCUAUUAUUGUGGAGGUUGUGGCAAGCCCGGGGGGUUCCACAAAACUUGGGAUCGGGCCUGGGCGUAGAAGCGAGAACUUAUUCCCGGAGCGACGGCCCGUACUCGCGCACGGCGCUCUAUGAGCUGCUCGGCGUCGCCUCCACGGCCACGCAGGCUCAGAUCAAGGCGGCUUACUACCGGCAGAGCUUCCUCUACCACCCGGACCGCAACGCCGGGAGCGCCGAGGCUGCCGAGCGCUUCACGCGCAUCUCCCAGGCCUACGUGGUGCUGGGCAGUACCACCCUGCGUCGCAAGUAUGACCGGGGCCUGCUCAGCGACGAGGACCUGCGCGGCCCCGGGGUCCGGCCCUCCAAGACGCCCGCCGCCGACCCCGACUCGCCCCGCACCCAGCCUCCCGCCUCUCGGACCCAGGGCCGCGGUCAGGCCUCAUCGGGAGCCAACCGCACCAUGUUCGACUUUGACGCCUUCUACCAGGCGCACUACGGCGAGCAGCUGGAGCGCGAGCGGCGCCUGAGGGCCCGGCGGGAGGCCCUUCGCAAGCAGCAGGAGGACCGGGCCAAGAAGGGCUUAGGCUGGGACGAGACCCGAGACACGGCUUUAUUCUUGUUUCUGCUCACAGUCUUCAUCAUCAUGGGCUUUCGUUUUUAAUCGGAGAGCGGAGGGAAGGGGAGCAGCCGCGCCCCCACCCCCCCAAGAAAAUGGCCUUUCCUGUCUUCUUGAACCCGUUGCCUCCAUUGUCUACUGUUGUCUACCUCUGCUGGGGUCCGAAGGAACUGCUCUCCCCUUUCCUUUCCCCACCCGGCCAGCUUAGCCAUUGACCUGCACAUCCCUACCCCUCUGGUCCAGAAAAGGAGGCUUUUUGAUGCCCAAGAAAAAGGCCCCCAGUGAGGAGUCCCGAAAGCCCGAGAGUGAGGGGUUUCCUGGAGGCCCUGGGGUGCCUGCUUCCAGAUGUUGUCAAUUUCUGGAACACUUGCUGUGGCUUUCCUGUAAAGCUCCGAGCAAGACUCGUCUGCUCCUGCCCCACGUGUGUAGCGUGGGGCUCCUCUGUAACCUUGAAACGUGCAAUGUGACCAAUUGUGACUGCCAAAAGAAAAAUUCUGGGGUUAUAAGAAACUUGUCUUUCUGUGAGCUCCCCAGGCCACAAGGUGAGACCCAGUGUAGGGUAAGGAUGUGAUCUGUGGGAACCUGGCCAUUCUUUGGUGGUCAGACCCCACUCCGCCUUCUGUUGGUGAUGAGUGUGAGUGGGAAAGAAAGCAAGGUCAUGAGCCUAAGGAAUGAGCCUUCCUGUGCCCAUGCUUAUCUAAUGUAUGACCUCGGAGAAGUUACUCUGUGGGCGUGAUGGCAGAGGAGCAAAUCGUUUGCUCUCUUUCGGUCUGUCACACUUGAUUAUCCACGUUCUAAUAGGCUCAGUGAUUAAAGUAUGAUGCCAGGGACUUCCGUGGCGGUCCAGUG